CGCGCGGUCGAUCCGUCCGUCGACGCCGCGACGCCCGUUCGCAUCGCAUCGCAUCGCAUCGCAUCGCAUCGCAUCGCAUCGAACGCCAUGGCGAUGAGCGCGACCCUCGGCGGCGCGUCCGUCGCGUCGUCGCGCGCGCUGUCUUCGCGCGGCGCGGACGACCGAUCGGGCACGAUCGCGACGGAGUGUCGAUGGCGGACGACGACGACGACGACGACGGGUCGUCGUCGCGUCCUCGUCCUCGUCCGCGCGGCGUCCGCGAGCUCCUCCCUCCCGGACUCCCAGCGCGUCGUCAUCACCGGCGCGGGCGUCGUCUCCACCGCGGGCCACGACCGCGUCUCGUUCUUCGAGUCGCUGUGUUCGGGAAAGAGCGGCGUUAUCGAUCUUCAAGAGGCGUUCCCGGGCGUCUUCGACGACCUCCCCACGCGCAUCGGCGCGCCGGUCGUGGACCUGGACUACGGCACCGACCUCACCGCGAAAGAGGCGCGGAGAAUGGACAAGGUGCACCAGUACGCGAUAUGCGCGGGGAAGCGCGCGCUGCGAGACGCGAACCUGUGGGGGGAAGAUUUAGAAAAGAUCGACAAGACCAGGUGCGGCGUCCUCGUCGGAAGCGCGAUGGGCGGCAUGCAGGUCUACGAGGACAACGUCGUCGCGCUGAAGAACAAGGGCGUGAAGAAGAUGUCUCCGUUCACGGUGCCGUACAUGCUGACGAACAUGAGCGGGGCGAUCUUGGGGAUGCAGAAGGAGCUCGGGUUCCGCGGGCCGAAUUAUGCGGUGAACACCGCGUGCGCGACGUCAAACUACGCGUUCAUCAACGCCGCGAUGCACAUCAAAGCCGGGCAGGCGGAUCUCAUCCUCGCCGGCGGCACCGAGGCGGCGGUCACGCCCAUGGGCCUCGCCGGGUUCAUCGCCUGCCGCGCGCUGUCCUCGCGCAACGACGCCCCGACCGCGGCGUCGAGGCCGUGGGACAAGGGGAGGGACGGGUUCGUAAUGGGCGAGGCGCGUCCUGGCGCGGGGGUGCUCGUGAUGGAGUCGUUGGCGCACGCAAAGGCGCGCAGCGCGCCGAUUCUCGCGGAGUACCUCGGCGGCGGGAUCUCGACGGACGCGUACGACCUCACGUCCCCGCGCGCGGACGGGCGCGACGUGAUUCUGUGCAUGCGGACCGCGCUGAGAGACGCGGGGAUCGAGGCGAAGGACGUCGACUUGGUCAACGCGCACGGGACGUCCACCCCCGUCGGCGACUUAUGCGAAGUCGCCGCGAUCAACGAAGUCUUCGGCGCGGUCAAGACUAAGGACACGAUGAAACUGAACAGCACGAAGAGCAUGCUCGGGCACUCGCUCGGCGCCGCGGGCGCGUUGGAAGCCAUCGCGUGCUUGCAGUCCAUCGCGGAGGGACGCGUGCACCCGACGAUCAACCACGACGACCCGGAGGACGGCGUCGACUUCGACGUCGUCGCCAACGUCGCGCAGGCGUUCGACGUGAAGAUCGCGCUGUCGAACUCGUUCGGUUUCGGUGGGCACAACUCCAGCUGCGUGUUCGGGAAGUUCGAGGCGUGAUGAUAGGCGCGUUGAGAGGGGGGUUGAGAGUUGAGGUUGAGGUUGAGUACAGGUACUCGUAUUCAUCAUUUCGAGUCUGGUAAUAACAGAAAGUA